AUGGCAGGCAAAGCCUUGAUCCCGUUCCUGGUGGCCAUGAUGCUGGUCACCGGCGUCUGCAACACCCUCCUAACAAAAUACCAAGAUAACAUCUGCGUCCGCCACUGCUACGAUCUAGACCCGAAGAAGCGCAAGACCUUCGAGCAGCCCGUCCUGCAAACAUGCCAGAUGUUUAUCGGUGAGAUGGGGUCCUGGCUGUUCGUCGGCGCCAUCAAUCUCUACUCAAAAUAUUACCCCAAAGCCGUGGCAGAGGAAGAAGGCUACGAGUCCGUUGCUCAGGAGGAGAAUGGUUCUCACGAGAAUGACGCAGAUUCUAUUCGCUCUAAUACCACGCUGAUAAACCCUGCGGUGAAAGUAAUGGUGAAGCCGGCAGACGAGAGCCGAAUUCCGCUGGUGGGGUGGAAGGUGUUGAUGCUGUCGUUGCCGGCCAUUUGUGAUAUUUGCGGGACGACUCUCAUGAAUGUUGGCCUUUUGUUUGUGGUUCCCAGCAUCUACCAGAUGACCAGAGGGGCCUUGGUGCUCUUUGUGGGGGUGUUCAGCGUUAUCUUCCUGAGGAGGAAACUACAUCUGUUUCAGUGGUUUGCGCUGGUUACUGUUGUAUUAGGGGUGGCUAUUGUUGGUCUAGCAGGUGCCAUCUACAAGGAAAAGGAGAAGGCGACCGCUGAAACGGUUAUGCUUCUGAUUAGAGCUGCUGCUUCUGCUGUUGAGAAAAAGGCAAGGACGCCCGAGGCAGUGAGGACUAUGAUUGGCGUGUUCCUCAUUGCAGGAGCCCAGAUAUUUACAGCGAGUCAGUUUGUGGUGGAAGAGUAUAUUUUGGAGAAUUAUGCUCUGGAGCCCCUGAAAGUUGUGGGUUGGGAAGGCCUCUUUGGAUUCUUGGUCACUAUCUUUGGUAUGGCCGUGCUGCAUUUGGCGAUUGGCAGGACCACCAAAGGGCAGUAUGGGUAUUUUGAUAUGAGGGAAGGGUUCUAUGAGAUGACCCACUUCAAGGAAAUUGGGAUUUCCAGUAUUUUGAUCAUGAUCAGUAUUGGUGGCUUCAAUUUCUUCGGCCUUUCGGUGACGAGGAGUGUUUCUGCCACCUCCAGAUCAACCAUCGACACCUGCAGGACACUGUUCAUUUGGAUUAUCUCGUUAUUCCUCGGGUGGGAAUCCUUCAAGUGGCUUCAGGUCCUUGGGUUCGCGCUCUUGGUUUAUGGGACCUUCCUCUUUAAUGGUAUUGUCAGGCCACCCCUCGAGAGCUGUAUGGUGCGAGAAGUGGAGGAGUUGUUACCAGAAGAACCUAUUGAGCAUGUGUAG